UUUGAUUAACGGAAACAACAAAGGAAGUUUUUUUGCUCCUCUGUUCGCUUUCGCACCUCAACCAUGUGAACACAAUUUCCACUUCUGUCCAAUUGGAACUUAACUAAAAUUCAAAGUGUCUUCAUCAAUCGUCCAUGGCCACCAUUAUAAAAUCUUCAAUUCAGUUCCCAAGAUUCAGCAUCGGAACUGGGCAAAGAAGACGAUCGCAGAUGUCGAAUUUCGCCGUCCAAGUUCUAUUGGGCCGAUGGUUCACCGCCUUCGCUUCUUUACUCAUCAUGUCCGUUUCCGGUGCCUCCUACAUGUUCGCACUUUACUCCUCCGACAUCAAAUCCUCCUUGAAUUACGAUCAGACCACUCUCAACCUCGUCGGCUUCUUUAAGGAUCUGGGUUCCAACGUUGGAGUCUUUUCCGGUCUUAUUAAUGAAAUUACCCCGCCUUGGGUUGUUCUCUUCAUCGGUGGGGUAAUGAAUUUCUUUGGCUAUUUCAUGAUUUGGCUGUCUGUCACUCACCGUAUCUCCAAACCCAAAUUGCCCGCGAUGUGUUUGUUUAUAUUCCUAGGUGCAAAUUCUCAGACAUUUGCCAAUACUGGGGCUUUGAUACCUUCUGUGAAGAAUUUCCCUCAGAAUCGAGGUAAUGUAUUGGGUUUAUUGAAAGGGUUUGUUGGGUUAAGUGGGGCAAUCUUGACUCAGAUUUAUCAUGCUUUUUAUGGGGAUGAUUCGAAGGAUUUUAUCUUGCUUAUUGCUUGGCUGCCUACUGCUGUUUCUUUACUGCUUCUUCGGAUUGUUAGAGUAGUGGAAGUGAACCCAAUAUUCAAAUCCAAUGAUCUGAAAAAUUUCUAUUCUAUGCUCUACAUUUCCCUUGGUCUGGCUGGCUUCCUCAUGAUUUUGAUUAUUAUCCAAAACGAGCUCAUGUUUACUAGAAUUCAGUAUUUGGUUUGUGUGUUUGUUCUUCUAGCGUUUCUUUUUCUUCCCCUUGUUGUUGUUAUAAGAGAAGAAUUCAGCAUUAGGAAAAGGAAAUUGCAAGGUGUGGAUGUUACUUCUUGGCUUCCGGUUCCAUCAGACCAAUCUCCAGCUGAAUUACCGUUGCCUAGACCUUCAAGUUUGCGAACGACUGACAUAGCUUUAACCAACCCAAGUUCUUGCUUCGAAAACGUGUUCAGACCGCCGGAAAGAGGAGAGGACUACACCAUUUUACAAGCAAUCUUCAGUGUAGAUAUGUUGAUUCUGUUUUUUACCACAAUUUGUGGGGCUGGUGGGACUUUGACUGCAAUCGACAACCUGGGUCAGAUAGGCAGCUCCCUUGGCUACUCAACUCAUACCAUUUCUACUUUCACUUCUCUAGUGAGUAUAUGGGGCUUUCUCGGUCGAGCAUUUUCGGGUUAUGCUUCUGAAUUCUUAUGGACGAAGUAUAACUUCUCUCGCCCUUUGUUCCUCACUUUUGUCCUUCUUCUCUCUUGCUUUGGCCAUCUUCUAAUUUCCUCUGGAGUCCCAACCUCCAUUUAUUUUGCUUCUGUGAUCAUUGGAUUUUGCUUUGGAGCACAGUGGCCAUUGAUUUUCGCCAUUGUUUCUGAAUUAUUUGGCUUGAAAUACUAUGCAACUUUAUAUAGCAUUAGUGGAAUUGCUAGCCCAAUUGGUUCAUACAUUUUCAAUGUGAAAGUAGCUGGCUAUUUAUACGACCAAGAGGCUAGAAAGCAAAUAGGAGCGAUCGGUCUUAGAAAUGUAGCUGGUAGAGACUUAGCCUGCAAGGGCGUCCAUUGUUACAGAUUAGCUUUUCUCAUUAUCUCUGCUUCAACCAUGUUCGGUUGUUUUGUUUCAUUCAUUUUGGUGCUCCGAACUUGGAAAUUCUACAAGGGUGAUAUCUACAAGAAGUUUAGAGAUGAAAGAAAGGAAUCAAAGUAAUCAACUUAGUAUUACACUGUUUGUUCAACACACGCCGCAAUCUUGUUAUCUUACUUCUGUUCCGACAUCUGACAGAAAGGUAGAAUGUUGCCUUUUAUUGUAGCAAAGAUGGAGGUUAAGAUCUUCAUUUAGUGUCUUUUUCUUACCGGUAUUUACACUCUUGGUAUGAUCCAAACACAAAACCGAACUUGUCAUGGACAAAACCGAACUUGCCUUUUAAUGUGCACGGAGGAUCUGGAGUGGUGAAUUGCCAUUUUGCUCGGAAGCCACAACCUACAGAAACAACUGCUUAGUGCUUACUUUUGUUCAAUACGAAGAUCGUUCACCUUUCUAUCAAAGCUUUCUUCUUUUGCUUAUCAGUCAGUUAAAAAGAAAAAGGCUAAAAGAUGAUACUUGUCUUUUUCGAGUUUCAACAAUUGUGAGGAUGGAGAUCUAACCAUCAAUUUUUAAGAUGGUAAUUAUUGGCUUUAUCGAGCUUGGAUUGACUUACGAAUAGGCUUUGAAGUUCCUUUUUGUAAGUACAUGUACCUUUGUAAAUUAUCUGUACACAACCACAACAUUUAUCUAAUGAAGUUGAUUAAUUGUAACAUCA